GCGGGCGGGUGGCCGGGCAGCCCGCCUCGCUGGCCGCUUUGCGCCGCCGGCCCACGCCGCAGUGUGUUUUGUGGACGGCGCCUUUUCAGACAGCCCAGUAGAGCCCAGCUCAGCGCCCGGCAGCCUUCGACACGAUGUUCCGCCGGAGCUUUAAUCGUUUUUGUGCUGGAGAAGAGAAACGAGUUGGUACACGUACAGUGUUUGUUGGCAAUCAUCCAGUUUCAGAAACAGAACCUUACAUUGCACAAAGAUUUUGUGAUAAUAGAAUAGUCUCAUCUAAGUAUACACUUUGGAACUUCCUCCCAAAGAAUUUAUUUGAACAGUUUAGAAGAAUUGCAAAUUUUUAUUUUCUCAUCAUUUUCCUUGUACAGGUCACAGUAGAUACACCAACUAGCCCAGUUACCAGUGGACUUCCACUUUUCUUUGUUAUAACUGUUACAGCCAUCAAGCAGGGAUAUGAGGAUUGGCUGAGACACAGAGCUGACAAUGAAGUCAACAAGAGCACUGUUUACAUUAUUGAAAAUGCAAAGCGAGUAAAGAAAGAAAGUGAAAAAAUCAAGGUUGGUGAUGUAGUAGAAGUAGAAGCAAAUGAAACCUUUCCCUGUGAUCUUAUUCUUCUAUCAUCUUGCACCACUGAUGGAACCUGUUAUGUCACCACAGCCAGUCUUGAUGGGGAAUCCAAUUGCAAGACACAUUAUGCAGUACGUGAUACCAUUGCACUGUGUUCAGCUGAAUCCAUUGAUGCUCUCCGAGCAACAAUUGAAUGUGAACAGCCUCAACCUGACCUCUACAAGUUUGUUGGGCGAAUCAAUAUCUAUAGUAAUAGUCUUGAAGCUGUUGCCAGGUCUUUGGGACCUGAAAAUCUCUUGCUGAAAGGAGCUACACUAAAAAAUACUAAGAAGAUAUAUGGAGUUGCUGUUUACACUGGAAUGGAAACCAAAAUGGCUUUGAACUACCAAGGGAAAUCUCAGAAACGUUCUGCUGUUGAAAAAUCUAUUAAUGCCUUCCUGAUUGUGUAUUUAUUUAUCUUACUGACCAAAGCUGCAGUAUGCACUACUCUAAAGUAUGUUUGGCAAAGUAACCCACACAAUGAUGAACCUUGGUAUAGCCUAAAGACUCAGAAAGAGCGGGAGACUUUGCAGGUUUUGAAAAUGUUCACUGACUUCCUGUCAUUUAUGGUUCUAUUCAACUUUAUCAUUCCUGUCUCCAUGUACGUCACAGUAGAAAUGCAGAAAUUCUUGGGCUCCUUCUUCAUCUCAUGGGAUAAGGACUUUUAUGAUGAAGAAAUUAGUGAAGGAGCCCUGGUAAACACAUCAGACCUUAAUGAAGAACUUGGUCAGGUGGAUUAUAUAUUUACAGAUAAAACUGGAACACUCACUGAAAACAGCAUGGAAUUCAUUGAAUGCUGUAUAGAUGGACACAAAUAUAAAGGUGGAACCGAAGAGAUUGAUGGAUUAUCUCAAACUGAUGGACCUUUAACAUAUUUUGACAAGGCAGAUAAGAAUCGAGAAGAACUCUUUCUGCGUGCCUUGUGCUUAUGUCAUACAGUAGAAAUUAAAACGAAUGAUGCUGUUGAUGCAGCUACAGAAUCAGCUGAAUUAACUUAUAUCUCCUCUUCACCAGAUGAAAUAGCUUUGGUGAAAGGAGCUAAAAAGUACGGGUUCACAUUUUUAGGAAAUCAGAAUGGACAAAUGAGAGUAGAGAACCAAAGAAAAGAAAUAGAAGAGUAUGAACUUCUUCACACCUUAAACUUUGAUUCCGUUCGCCGACGCAUGAGUGUAAUUGUGAAGACUCAAGAAGGAGACAUACUGCUAUUUUGUAAAGGAGCAGACUCAGCAAUUUUCCCCAGGGUGCAAAAUCAUGAAAUUGAAUUGACUAAAGUCCACGUAGAACGUAAUGCAAUGGAGGGGUAUCGGACACUCUGUGUAGCCUUCAAAGAAAUUGCUCCAGAUGAUUACGAAACAAUUAACAGACAGCUCUUGGAGGCAAAAAUGGCCUUACAAGACAGAGAAGAAAAAAUGGAAAAGAUCAUUGAUGAAAUUGAGACAAAUAUGAAUUUAAUUGGAGCCACUGCAGUGGAAGACAAGCUACAAGAUGAAGCUGCAGAGACCAUUGAAGCUCUGCAUGCCGCAGGCCUGAAAGUCUGGGUGCUUACUGGGGACAAAAUGGAGACAGCCAAAUCCACGUGUUAUGCCUGUCGCCUUUUCCAAACCAACACUGAACUCUUGGAACUGACCACAAAAACUAUUGAAGAAAGUGAAAGGAAAGAAGAUCGAUUACAUGAAUUGUUGAUUGAAUAUCGGAAAAAGUUGCUGCAUGAAUUUCCUAAAAAUACCAGAAGCCUUAAAAAAGCAUGGACAGAACAUCAGGAAUAUGGAUUAAUCAUUGAUGGCUCCACGUUGUCACUCAUACUAAAUUCUAGCCAAGACCCUAGUUCAAACAAUUACAAAAAUAUUUUCCUACAAAUUUGUAUGAAGUGUACUGCAGUGCUCUGCUGCCGGAUGGCACCAUUACAGAAAGCCCAGAUCGUCCGAAUGGUGAAGAAUUUAAAAGGCAGCCCAAUAACUCUGUCGAUAGGUGAUGGUGCCAAUGAUGUUAGUAUGAUCUUGGAAUCCCAUGUGGGAAUAGGUAUUAAAGGCAAAGAAGGUCGCCAAGCAGCCAGGAAUAGCGAUUAUUCUGUUCCAAAGUUUAAACAUUUAAAGAAACUGCUAUUGGCUCAUGGACAUCUAUAUUAUGUGAGAAUAGCACACCUUGUACAGUAUUUCUUCUAUAAGAACCUUUGUUUCAUUUUGCCACAAUUUUUGUACCAGUUCUUCUGUGGAUUCUCGCAACAGCCACUUUAUGAUGCUGCUUAUCUUACAAUGUACAAUAUUUGCUUCACAUCCCUGCCCAUCCUGGCCUAUAGUUUACUGGAACAGCACAUCAACAUUGAGACUCUGACCUCAGACCCCCGAUUAUAUAUGAAAAUUUCUGGCAAUGCCAUGCUGCAGUUGGGGCCCUUCUUAUAUUGGACAUUUCUGGCUGCCUUUGAAGGGACAGUGUUCUUCUUUGGGACUUAUUUUCUUUUUCAGACUACAUCCUUAGAAGAAAAUGGAAAGGUAUAUGGAAACUGGACGUUUGGAACCAUUGUUUUUACAGUCUUAGUAUUCACUGUAACUCUGAAGCUCGCCUUGGACACUCGUUUCUGGACAUGGAUAAAUCACUUUGUGAUUUGGGGUUCUUUAGCCUUUUAUGUAUUUUUCUCAUUCUUCUGGGGAGGAAUUAUUUGGCCUUUUCUCAAGCAACAGAGAAUGUAUUUUGUAUUUGCUCAAAUGCUGUCUUCUGUAUCCAUGUGGUUGGCCAUAAUUCUUCUAAUAUUUAUCAGCCUUUUCCCUGAGAUUCUCCUGAUAGUAUUAAAGAAUGUAAGAAGAAGUGCCAGGAACCCGAAUGUUGAACUGCCUAUGUUGUUAUCCUACAAGCAUAUUAACAGUGGUUACAGCUAAAAAAGAAAGCAUGAAGAAAACUACAAAAGUUAUCAUCUCAGGAUACUCGAUAUGCAACAAACUAAACCACUCUCAUGUCUAGGGUUCAGAAUAAAUGUUCAUUAAAAUACCAAGUGAUUCCCAUAACUAUUUACCAUUGUUGUAAGUAGCCUUUAUGGCCAAAGCUGUAAGUUAAGAAUUAUAUGAAAGUUGAAGCAAGAAUACUUACAAUUCUGGCUUUAGAUAGAUUAAUAUAACUACCAAAUGGGUGCUCUUUUAACCCAUGACUUUGUGAAUGGAUUUAAAUACAGUAGUAUAAAGUACAAGUUAUACAAUGAGAAUGAAUAGAUUUUGCUAACAUUACUUUUUUUGCCUGGCAGAAGAAAUAGGCUGUUUGGAACAUUUCUCAUUCCUGAUGAUCAUCUUAAAUUAUUUUUUCAAAUAUAUGUAAGGAAUACUUGAAUAUACAUAAGGAUAAAUCUUAUCAGUGGAUCAAACAGAAUCCUUUCUGUUUACCCACAUGCGAAAUGUGUCUUGGUAGAAUAUCCUUGCCAGAAAAAUACCUUGAACACUUACAUGGAAGGUAUUAAUUCCAGGUAUGUUUCUGGAAAUGGGGAAAAAACAUGUUUAUUUUUGUUCUUCUGAAUUAAACCCCACUUAUGAGUGUACAGCUACUAGAGAUCAAAAUCAGACAUCAUACAUUUCCAAUCACUUGGUAGCCCCCUCAAAAUAGUUAGAAAAUAAACAAAUUUUUCCAAUGUGAAUUUUACUGAAUUUGAGGUAAGGUAUGUCAAACCAUAGUUACACAAAAAUAAAGACCAAUCUGAACAUCAGCCCUUUGUAAUUUUAUGUGGAAAGAAAGGAAAAAUAGCUUAUUUUAAUCUGUUAACGGUUUUUAUUUGAAAGCAGUUGCAUUUAUGCAUAUAUGCAGCACUUUUUUUAAACUUGCCAAUUUGGGAAGAGGAGGGAUUAAGAUGGUUGUUUCCAAAUGGUUGUUUAGCCUGUAGAGCCAUGCCUCUGUGAACAUGAAUGUUGUUGUCUUUCAUAGAUAACUUGGCUAGGGCAAUGGUUUAAUGUUAAACCAUGACAUUGAUGUUGGUAAAGUCUUAAACUUGUUGAACUAAAAGGAGGCUUUAGCCUUCUGAUGAGUUCACUUAAAAACAAAUGUGAAAUGUCUUUUCUUUUUUGGAUAUAAUGACCACAUUUGACUGCUAGAUUGAAAUGGCCUUUAAAAAAUAUUUUCAUAUCAUUUUUCAUUUGUGUUUGUCUUUCUGGCAUGCCUGUACCUGUACUAUUAUUAAUGUUUAUAUUGUACCUUGAUUUGGAAAAGUGUUGGAGUUCAAUCUGUAUCAAUAUAUUUAUAUAGUCCAUAUGGCACAUUUGAUUCUUCCACAUAUAUUUUGUGUUAAUGUUUAGGUGUGAUUUUUCUUAAAUCCUAAAAAAGACAUAAUUUAAGCUAUCAGAAACUAUUCUGUCAUUUCUGACCUUUUUGAUUAUUUCAUUUAUUCUCAUCUAUCAGUAUUAUUUCUGAGUAUCACAGCUUACUUAAGUGUGCCCUGUUCUGGUAGCCUGUAUUUGAGAUAAGCUGCUGAAAACAGCUUUAUAUUCUUUGCCUAUCCAAAGAGCUAAAAUGUCUAACCCAGGAAAGCUUUUGAUAUUUUGUUGUUGUUCUUGUCUUAUAGUUGUUAAUAGCUAUAUUGUUAAUUCUUUUACAAGAGAACUGUAGUAACUGUGAAUACAAACAAGAGAGCCACAAUAGAGAGGUUUAUUUAAUUCAGAACCAUGGGGGAGUUGACAUAAUCAGAAUAUCCAGGAUAGUAAACAUUUAACUAGUUGCAUAUAAAAUUUCCUACAGAAAGAAGGAUGAGGGGGAUUUGGAGUUAUGCCUCAGCUACAUAUUACACUACACUGCAGCUCAAAUUCAGAAUGGCAAUGUUAUGUCAUAGCAGGGACUAAAUCCUUGAGAGGGACCUGGUUUUCCUUUGUGAAGGAGAUUUUAUCAAACAGCUAAAAAUCGGCUAUGAGGUUAGCAGAUGGAAACUUGAAAUAAGCCAUUCACUAUUCCUAAGCACUACAAUCUAACCAUUCUACUUAUGACAGAGAAGGAGGGAAUUCAUAAUUUGAAUAAUUUUGAUCUGGUAAAAUGUCCUUGUAAUCUUCACCACUGUUGUCCAUUGUUUGAGGAUGUUACCUACUAAACUGAAAACGUUCAUUCCAUACCUACCACAUAUGCACCAGCAACAGUAUAAAUGUAAGCCUAAACUUGCAAAAUUCAUAUAAUUUAGUGAUGGAAUUUUUUAAUAAUAUGCAGUAUAUAAAUGUGCAGAUUUUAUGCAAAUGUUGACAAAAUCAUUUUUCAGCUUGCAAAACAGGACUGCAAUAUUACAUUUUUCACUUAAGCAAUUUUUUACAUCUAUGUUGUUGCUUUCUAAAAUGAAUGUGAAUGCCAUCUUUUAUGAAUGCAACUUGCCUUUUUCAUUACAGAGAUUUUUGUUUGAUGUAAUCAAUAAACUUUGGUAUGAUA